AUGAAGGUCCAACUACUUGUCCUCGGGGCUGCCCUGGGAGGCAAUCUGGUUUGCGCAGGGGUUCCUGCUGUCAAAAAAGUCCGUGACCAAGAAAUCGCUGGAGGCCGUGGUGGUCCCGGCGUCGGCAACGCUAAGCUUUCGACAAAAGCAUUAGUGAGGGGCAUUGAACUAGAAGAGCUCAUGAGAGGAGCGCGAAAACUCCAAUCCAUCGCAUACGCAACUCCUGAGCGGAACCGUGUCUUCGGAAGCAAAGCCCACAAUGCCACUGUCGACUGGCUCGUCCAGGAGCUUGAGGAAUCUCGGUACUAUGAUGUGGUCAAGCAGAAACAGGUUCACUUGUGGUCCCGAUCCGAAGCUACCUUGACAGUCAAUGGAGAGUCGAAGGAAGCUUCUCCGAUGACAUACAGUCCGUCAGGGAAUACGGAGCAGGAUAUUGUCCUGGUAAAUAACCUUGGAUGUGCGCUCGAGGAUUUCCCAGCUGGGGUAGCCGGCAAAAUCGCUCUCAUUGUCCGUGGCACAUGUCCCUUCGGUCUCAAGGCUGCCCACGCUGGCGCAGCUAAAGCUGUCGGCGCUCUCAUUUACAACAACAUCCCUGGCCCCCUUUCAGGAACCUUGGGUGACCCGGUCAACCCUGCUGGCCCCUAUCCCCCAACUGUCGGGCUUUCCAAGGAACUCGGAGACGACCUGGCUACCAGAGUGGUAUCCGAGAAGCUGACCGCCAAGCUGUUCACUAAAUCGGAGUUCCAGAACCGCACGACGUUCAAUAUCAUUGCGACAUCAAAACAGGGGAAUAAAAACAACGUCAUUGCUGUUGGAGGUCACUCAGACUCAGUUGAAGCUGGCCCAGGCAUCAACGACGACGGCUCAGGCAUCGUCGGCAAUCUCGCCGUCGCCAAAGCACUCACAAAAUUCAAGGUCCCCAACGCCGUCCGGUUCCUCUUCUGGACCGCAGAAGAAUACGGUCUCCUCGGCUCUCAAUACUACGUUGACAGCCUCUCCGCAGAGGAGCGUGAGAAAAUCCGUCUGUACCUGAACAUGGACAUGACCGCCUCACCCAACUAUGCCACGAAGAUCUACGAUGGCGACGGAUCCAGCUUCAAUCUCACCGGCCCCGCCGGCAGCGCAGAGAUCGAGAAACUCCUGCAAAAAUUCUACGAGGAUCGCGAGGAAAAUCAUGUCCCAUCUGAGUUUGACGGACGAUCCGAUUACGACGCGUUUAUCUCCGUUGGCAUCCCCGCUGGAGGUGUCUUCACGGGUGCUGAAGGCAUCAAAUCUGAGCAGGAGGCAGAGUGGUUUGGAGGUACUGCUGGUGAAGCUUAUGAUCCCAACUAUCAUGGUGUUGGCGAUACUGUGGACAACCUCAGUAAGAAGGCGUGGUUGAUGAACACGCAAGCGACUGCGUAUGUUGUUGCUACCUAUGCGCUCAGCACGAAUGGGCUGCCUCCUAAGGAUCCUCCCUCUUCGGCUGAGAUGCAGACACUCUCCCAGCGCUUUGUCUCAAGCACGAAACCGUUUAAUGGCCGGUGCGAUGACCCACAUGGACAAGGAAGGAGGUGUACUUAUUAA